ACCAGAAUGAGCUGUUGUCUAUCCUGAGAGGAUUUCAGUAAUCCUCUCUCUCUCUCUCUCUCUCUCUCAAACCCAGAGACAUGGUUGGACUGGCCUUUGUCUGUACUGCAUCUAGUUGAUAUAUGUAUCUAUCUACAGCUACACACUUCAGUCCUACUUCUCACCAUUCCCACUUUGAAGCAGAACUCUCUCUCUCUCUCUCUCUCUCUCUGAGAGCUUCACACUACACAAUGGUGAACCCCUGUUCCAUUUCCACACCCAUCAUCAAAACCCCUCUUCUAUUAUCUCUCUUGUUUGCAUCAUUCAUCGCAUUCGCUUCUGCAGCCAACAAUGUUACGUACGAUCAUCGCUCUCUCAUCAUCGAUGGCCAGCGAAAGCUCCUCAUCUCUGCUUCCAUUCACUACCCUCGCAGUGUCCCUGCGAUGUGGCCAGGACUGGUUCAAACUGCUAAAGAGGGAGGCGUGGAUGUGAUUGAGAGCUAUGUGUUUUGGAAUGGUCAUGAACUUUCACCGGACAACUAUUAUUUUGGUGGACGAUACAAUUUGGUCAAGUUUGUGAAGAUUGUUGCGAAGGCUGGCAUGUAUAUGAUUCUUCGAAUAGGUCCAUUUGUCGCUGCUGAAUGGAACUUUGGUGGGGUACCUGUUUGGUUGCAUUAUGUGCCUGGCACUGUCUUUCGGACUGAUAAUGAACCCUUCAAGCAUUACAUGCAAAAGUUCUUGACGUUCAUAGUGAACCUUAUGAAGCAAGAGAAGCUUUUUGCAUCACAAGGAGGUCCCAUCAUCUUGGCCCAGGUAGAAAAUGAGUAUGGAGACAUUGAAAGAAUUUAUGGAGAUGGGGCAAAGCCAUAUGCCAUGUGGGCUGCCAAAAUGGCUGUUUCUCAAAAUAUAGGUGUACCUUGGAUAAUGUGCCAGCAGUAUGAUGCUCCUGAUCCUGUGAUCAAUACAUGUAAUUCAUUUUACUGUGACCAAUUCACACCAAAUUCACCGAACAAGCCCAAAAUGUGGACUGAAAAUUGGCCUGGAUGGUUCAAAACCUUUGGGGGCAGAGAUCCUCACAGACCACCUGAAGAUAUUGCUUAUUCCGUUGCUCGUUUUUUCCAAAAAGGCGGUAGCUUACAAAACUAUUACAUGUAUCAUGGUGGGACAAACUUUGGUCGCACUUCAGGCGGGCCAUUCAUUACCACAAGUUAUGAUUAUAAUGCACCUAUUGAUGAAUAUGGGUUAGCUAGGCUUCCCAAGUGGGCACACCUUAAGGAACUUCACAGGGCUAUAAAGUUAUGUGAGCAUGCAUUGCUGAACAGUGAGUCAACCUUGCUUUCACUAGGUCCUUUACAAGAGGCUGAUGUCUAUGCAGACCCAUCAGGUGCUUGUGCUGCCUUUAUUGCUAACAAUGAUGAUAAAAAUGACAAGAUAGUAGAGUUUCAGAAUAUGUCAUAUCACCUGCCAGCAUGGUCAGUUAGCAUUCUGCCAGACUGCAAGAAUGUAGUAUUUAACACUGCGAAGGUUGGGUCUCAAACUUCUAAUGUUGAGAUGGUACCAGAGGAUUUGCAGCCAUCAUCUGUAAAUAAAGACUUGAAAGGACUUCAAUGGGAAGUCUUUGUGGAGAAAGCUGGGAUCUGGGGAGAAGCUGAUUUUGUUAAAAAUGGUUUUGUUGAUCACAUCAAUACAACAAAAGAUACUACUGACUACCUUUGGUAUACAACCAGCUUACAUGUUGAUGAGAAUGAAGAGUUCUUGAAGAAAGGAAGCCAGCCAAUGCUCGUAGUUGAAUCAAAGGGUCAUGCUCUCCAUGCUUUUGUGAAUCAGAAACUUCAAGCUAGUGCAUCCGGAAAUGGCUCAGUAUCCCCUUUCAAAUUUCAGACACCCAUUUCUCUCAAGGCUGGGAAAAAUGAAAUUGCUCUUUUAAGCAUGACUGUCGGCCUACAAAAUGGAGGACCAUUCUAUGAAUGGGUUGGAGCAGGGUUGACUAGUGUACUGAUAAAGGGUUUCCGCAAUGGAACAAAGGACUUGACAACAUAUAAUUGGAACUACAAGAUUGGAUUGGAAGGAGAACACCUAAGUAUCUACAAGGCUGAUGGUUUGAAUAGUGUAAAGUGGGUACCAACUUCAGAACCACCAAAGGAACAGCCUCUCACAUGGUACAAGGCUGUUGUGAAUGCUCCACCCGGGGAUGAACCUAUUGGACUUGACAUGAUUCAUAUGGGGAAAGGCCUAGCGUGGUUAAAUGGAGAAGAGAUUGGAAGAUACUGGCCUAUAAAAGCCUCUAAACAUGAUGAGUGUGUACAACAAUGUGAUUAUAGAGGCAAAUUCAGCCCCAACAAAUGCAGCACAGGGUGUGGAGAACCAACGCAGAGAUGGUACCAUGUUCCAAGAUCUUGGUUCAAGCCAUCUGGAAACUUUCUGGUGAUUUUUGAGGAGAAGGGUGGAGAUCCUACUAAUAUUAGAUUCUCCAAACGGAAGACCUCAGGUGUCUGCGCUCUCGUUUCUGAGGAUCACCCCUCCUUUGAACCUGAAUCUUUGCUUGAAGAUGGAACUCGGGAUCACAAAAAUAGUGCAGUUGUCCAAUUGAAAUGCCCAAUAAAUACCCACAUUUCCACUGUCAAAUUUGCUAGCUUUGGAACUCCUUCGGGGACUUGUGGAUCCUAUACCAUGGGUGACUGCCACGAUCCCAAUUCAACUUCUGUGGUUGAAAAGGUUUGCUUAAAUGAAAAUGAGUGCAGGGUAGAAUUGACAAGAGUGAAUUUCAACAAGGGAUUGUGUCCCGGCACAAUAAAGAAACUCGCGGUUGAAGUGGUUUGCAGCUGAGUUUGCUAGUUCAUGUCGGCAUUUAUAUUUGAUCACACGAAGAAGGUUAAAUCAUUUUCGUUUGUCAUGGGACUCUCUUAGUUUUUCUUUCUUCUAUUUAUUUGUUUUUAUUUUUUACAUCUAGCAGGGAAUACUGCUGUUAUGUAAUUUUUUUCAGUAAUUGAGGUACAUGUUUGAGAGGGCAUUAAACUGAUUACUGUUAAUUCUAAGGUAUUCUACUAUGUCAAUUUAAUUUUGUUUUCCAACGGGAAAAAAAAAUGAUGCAAUAAAUAAAUUUGAAGUUGGUUUCACCAAUUGUUUGGUAGACAA